CAUCAUCGCUUCCCUCUCUCCGUCGUCCCUGCUGGCCUGGUCAGCUCUCCCUCCUCCCCAGCCGCAGCCGCAGCCGCCGCCGCCAGCCAUGUUGCGACGCUAGCUCGGGCUACCCUCUCUGAUCCGCCACCUCCCCUUCCCUUAUUUAAUCGCUCCUCGUGGUGUCGUUGCGUGAGCCGCCGAGGCGAGGCGCGGCCAUCCCCCAUCCAUGGCGGAGGCCGGCGGCGACAAGCUCAUCCUGCGCGGCCUGCAGUUCCACGGCUUCCACGGCGUGAAGCGGGAGGAGCAGACGCUGGGCCAGAAGUUCGUCGUCGACGUCGACGCAUGGACGGACCUCGCCGCCGCCGGCGAGUCCGACAGCAUCGCCGACACCGUCAGCUACACCGACAUCUACGGGAUUGCUAAGGAUGUCGUCGAAGGCACGCCGCACAACCUCUUGGAGUCGGUGGCUCAGUCGAUCGCAAAGGCCACGCUGCUCAAGUUCCCUCAGAUCUCCGCCGUCCGGGUGAAGAUUGGCAAACCUCACGUCGCGGUGCAAGGCGUUGUGGACUAUCUGGGCGUCGAGAUAACGAGGCACAGAAACAAAGCGUGAGAGUGAUUUCACUGUGGAAUGGGACUGAUACUGUAGAUGCUGCUGCCGUUGGUUAGCUGCUGUAAUCGAAUAUAUUCCACAAUUGUUGGCAUCAUGUUUGAUGAACUAGAUUUGGCUGUGCUGUUUGUGUGAACUGAAACGGGAACAAUAAUCGAAUAACAAUGAGCCAAAACAUUAUCUUCUAUUUUUAAAACAAA